UUCAACGCCAGCUAGCCAGCUCGGUAUAGAUCAAGGCUGUGUGACCUGUGCUGACUGGAGCUGAAGCAUAGGGACAGAGUCCUGGCCUCUUUGGGGCCAGAGCCUGCGCUUGGGAAAGCAGCUGUGCUCCAGGCUCCUAGCUUUGACCUGGGUGAAUUGUCAGAAGCAGGGAGGCCAGAAUAUCCCUGUGAACCUGUGGAGCGCCAGGCUCCAGGAACCAUAUUCAGGACACGAUUCAUAUUUGGGGAGCCUUACUUUACCUCCACCCCCUUCCUCAUAGACUCUCCCUUUCACGCACAGGUAGAGCAGGAAGAUGUCGGAGCCUGUGGCCAUGAACCUGCUGGAGGAUUGGUGCAGGGGCAUGGGAAUGGACAUCCACAGAUCCCUGUUGGUCACUGGUAUCCCUGAGUACUGUAGCCACGCAGAAAUUGAGGAGACCUUGAAUGGGGUCCUCUUGCCACUGGGCACAUACCGUGUGCUCAACAAAAUUUUUUUGAGGCAAGAGAACGUGAAGGCUGCUCUAGUUGAGGUUAGCGAGGGUGUGAAUCUGAGCUCUAUACCCCGGGAGUUCCCAGGGAGGGGCGGUGUCUGGAGAGUGGUCUGCAGGGAUCCCACCCAGGACGACGACUUUUUAAAAAACCUGAACGAGUUCUUGGAUGCUGAAGGACGCACUUGGGAGGAUAUGGUGCGCCUCUUGAAGCUUAACCCUAACCCACCGCUACCGAAUUCAAACCAGCCUCCACCGAACUGGGCGGAAGCCUUGGGGUUGCUUCUGGGCGCAGUAGUACAGGUCAUAUUCUACAUGGAUGCUGCAAUCCGUAAUCGGGAUGAAGAAGCAAGGGCUGAGGAGGCUGCUGAGGCUGAGUUGAUGGCGGCUUGGGCUUCCACAGCGAGGAAGAGAGUAAAGAAGGAACCCGGGCUGGGCGUCGAAGUGGGCUCAGCUUUCAAGAUGGAGGACCGAAACUACUGGAAGAACACAGAGGACCAUUGUGACCCUCCAAAACCUCUGGUUCGCAGGCCUGGAGGUAAGAUUCGCUCCAGGAGGAGGAAGCAGAAAAAAAAUCUUAAGCAAGAGCCAAUAUGCUGGAGGAAAUCCCAGGGCAGCAAUUACAAUAAGGUUAAUUUGGAAGCUGGUGAAGCUGCCCAAAGCUCAGAGAUCCCAGAGUCUGUCAAGAGCAACAAAAAACCCUUUGUGAAGCAGGAAGAGACAGUAUGGAAGAAGAAAAGAGUCUGGAGGGAUCCCAACGAUCUUCCUCCGUCUGCGCUGCCUGCAGCUGACAGUCCCGGGAAUCUAGAGGAUUCAGAUCAAGAUGGUGGACUGGAGAACCCCCCAAAGAAGAAAGCCAUGACCUGGGCCUCUAACAAGAUCCCUGCCCCCACGAGGAAGAAGAAGAAGAUGGUGAGCUUGGGCGCUCUCUCCUAUGUCCUGGCUGAAGCCACCAAGAACAAAACAGCCAUUCUGAAGAAAGGGCUUGGUGCUAGAAGGGCUGUGUCAGUACCUGAUGAUGCACCUGCUUCAACAUCCAGGGCUCAGAAGACCAAGCUGGGAGGCUUCCCUCGUGUCUCCAAAGAUUCCAGGAAGCUAUGAUUUGGGGAACCCUGUACCCAUGGAGGUGAGAGAGCAUCAAGGAAGAAGACUCAAGUUGGAAGAGAACUUUUUCUUUGUGGUUGAAUAAAACCUGACUGUGAACCGUUGGGGGCCCAGUGUGCCUGUGUGGGUCUGACCCACACAGGCAAUGGAUAUAAGGCCUUAGGUUGGGGGAUACUGUCAGGGGGAGAUUCCCUCUGUGUCUUUUCCUGAGUUGGAGUCACUUUUCAUCUCUGCACAGCCUCAAAGGUGGACAAGGUAAUAAAUAGCUUUGGAAAAUUCUAGAACGUUCUUUCCCUUUGCCCACAAGGAGGCUCACGGUAUUGCGCACCCACAUUCAGCCUUUAUUCUCUUCUACCCCUGCUUUUUCUUCUGGAGCAUGCAUAGCUUGCCUGCUCGGCCUGCGGCCCAGAAGGGCAUGUAGACAUUUUGUCCCUUGCACUGUACACAUUUGCUAAGUCAGACCUUGCUCUUUGAAGCUUGCUGUGUGGAUUCUUCAGUGUUCACCCUCCAGCAGCCUAAAUGGAAAUUGAGAUCCUAAGAGUUAGUUCUGGAAAACAAACAAACAAACAAACAAACAUCUGCCUGCUCUUGAAUCCUUCAGUUUUCAUUGUCUUUGAAGAAAACUAGGGGCAAGGAAGAUGGUUCAGUGCAUAAUAGGGCUUGCAGUGCAAGCUUAAGGACCUGAGUUCUAAUCCCCAGGACUCACGUAAAAGUCUGACUGUGCCUGUAACACCAGCAUCAGGUGGUGCAGACAAGUAGACCCCAAGAGCUUGCUGGCCAGCCAGCCUAUCUGAAAUAGUGAACUUCUGGGCUGGGGAAUCCCCUAGUGAGAGGAUAGGGGGAUGGCUCCGUGGUGGAGCCCCUGUUCUGAAUUCCCCAAUAAGGGGCUGCAGGCAUGGUUCAGUGAUAGAGCCCCUGCCUAGAAUCCCCUAGUGAGGAGCUGAGGGUGUGGCUCAGCACUACACCUCUUCCCAGAAUCCCCUAGUAAGGGGCUGGGAGUGGGCUUAGUGGUAGAACUUCUGCCUAGCAUAUGCAAGGCCCUGGGUUCCAUCUCCAGAACCAAUAAAAAACAAAAUGGAAUAAAAAUGGCACUUUAGUUCCCAAAUGCGGUGAUACCCUCUUUAGAAGCCUGAGGGGGAAAGGAGAGGUUGAUAGAAUUAAAUUUCUAGCUCUAAUUCCGUUGACCUCUAUCCUUGAGGCUUAAAUAAGUUGCUCACAUUAUAGUCAGAAGAAGAAAAUCUGUCUCUUUUUAAACGUUUCUUUAAAACGAGCUGAUCUCUACCUUCUGAAUUUAGUGCCAUUAAAUCUGACCGUGCUGCCAUGUCUCAUUCUGUGUGCCUGUAAACCAGAGAGGAUGGUGUCACCCCCACCUGUGGUUUCUAAGCUACAUCCUGAGGACUCCUUUUUCAUGUUUAAAAGCAUGAAAGAGGAGAGGCUUCAGAUAUGGGUGAGUGGGAAAAGGGGUUUGACAUCAAGCCUGAGUCCCUGGGUUCGAUCCCCAGCACCCACAUCACGGAAAGAAAGAGGUGACCCCUGAAAGUUUUGUUCUGACCUCCACAUUUAUUCCGUGGCACAUGCAUACCCCCCCUAAAUGAAUAUAAUUAAAAAUUAUGUGUGGAAGAAGCAAGGGUGUUGGUGUGUGGCUGUAACCCAGCUUGUGGAGCCUGAGGCAGGAGAAUGUCUCUGAAUUCAAGGCCAGCUUGGGCUACAGAGUAAGAUCCUGACUCAAAAUAAAUAAGUAAAUAAGAAUAGUUUUUUUAAAGUGUAGGAAAACAACAACUCAGUUGUGUUGUAAUCCAAAAUACUGCUGUAUUCCCUUGUGUGUAUAAAUAACUGUAUCUGGUUAUCCGCACUGUGCUUUGCAUACAAUUGUAUAUUCCUGUGUAUAUGUGUGUGUUCAUUUAUGCAUAUGUGCAUGUGUGUGUAUGUGGAGGCAGAGGGUUACCUAGGGUGUCAUUCCUCGGCCACCAGCCACCUUUUUAUGAGACAGGGGUCUCUCACUGGCUUGAAACUGGCUAGCAGGCUAGGCUGGACCGGAACUGCCCAGCUCUCCUGUCUCUGCCUCCCCAGCUCUAGGGCUACAAGCCAGCGCUACCAUGUUCUUUUUCUUUUUGCACAGGUUCUGGGAAUUAAACUCAAUUCCUCAUUCGUGCAACAUGCUUUCCCUACUGGGCUGUCCCUGCCGCUCCCUAAUCAAGUUUCUUGUAAAUGUGACCUUUGAGGAGAAAGGGUUGGAAGGUGGUGGAAGGGAUUGGAUCCCCUGCAUGUCCUGUAACAAUAUCCUAAGUGAGUUUAUGCAUCUGUGUGUCUCCAUCUCCUGUUCAGCUGUGAUUGACAUCAGGGUCACUAGCUAAUCUGGGCUAACCUGGUACAGCGCGGGAUUUCUGGCCUGGAUUUCCAGCCCUCUUGAGAUUUCAUGACCACUCCCACCUUCAGUUUUCUUGAUCUAAAAACUCUUGUCAGUGAGUCAGUCAACCACCAGACGUUUCUCGUGGUAAUCCCUGAGACUCGAUUACAUCUUUGUUGAAGUAGUACAUCGAUACAACUAUCAAUGAAUGUGAAUGUAUGAGUGUAAAAUAAAGCUGUGUAAAUGA